UCUGGCCCAUAAAUAGGAGGCAGGCGCAACCUCACACAGCCUUCCACACUCACAUUUCCAGACCCCUGCACACUCCACAUUUCAACUCCCAGCCAAUCUCAGCCUCACGCAGCCUCCUGCAGAAGCUCAGAAACUCACUCACACGCACACUCUCGCUGUCAGUCAGCCUUUGUUCACCCUCCAUGGCAUCCCAUGCAGCCGCACUUCUGGCCAUCAGCCUGCUGGUCCUGUGGACCUCCCCUGCUCAGGGUGGUGCCAACGACGCAGAAGACUGCUGCCUGUCUGUGGCCCUGCACCCUAUUCCUGGGAAUAUCGUGCGAGCCUUUCGAUACCUCCACAUCCAGGAUGGCUGCAGAGUGCCUGCUGUUGUGUUCACCACAAAGAGAGGUCGCAAGCUUUGCGCACCGCCAGACCAGCCCUGGGUGGACCGCAUCAUCCGGAGACUGCAGAAGAAAGCUGCCAAGAACAAGCGCCACAGCAGUUAGCCCCUGGCAGCCGCCAAGGGAGCCCUGUGUCUGAGUGAAGAGAUGCGAACCACUGCCACCCCGGGGACCCAAGGACCAGAAGAGAGAACCAGACCAUCAGCUCCUCUGCACCAGACCUGACAAAGUCGGGCAGGGCCUGGAGUGUCUGUGAGUGUGAGUGUGAGGGUGUGAGUGUGAGAGGGUGAGUAGCAGGAGCAGUUUCUCCACACCCAGACUGCAAUGCUUCCAAUAAAGCCCACUGGUACCCACA